AAUACAGCAAUGAGUGAGCACUGUCUAAAUUUAUCGUUUGAUGUGAAAAGUCCAUCCUCGUCGCCUUCUAUAAAAACGGAAAAAGAGUUUCCUUGUACCCAGGAUAACGCAAAAAAACCCAAAAAUUGGCUUAUAUCUGAUAUCGAAAAAACAACAACGGACACAUCGCCCUCCUUGGGAAUCGAUCUAAGACUUAAUUCAACGCGAACAUUAAACGGUGUGAAGUGCAAUGGACAUUUAAAUUUAACUGAUACCAAAAAUUGUGACACUGAAGCACAAACUAAGUGGUGUAAAAAUAAUUUAGAUGUGAAAACUUCUCACAACUAUUAUCCAUUAACAUCUAACGACAUCGAUGAUUCGACUUGUGACAAGAAAUACGAGAAAAAAGAAGACUGUAAUCAGGAUAACAAUGAGGAAAGAGAAAAUAAAAUAUUUAUUGUUACGGAUGCUGACGAGACGACCAAUAUUGACGACUUAGCAAUUUCAAGAGAUGCAUCAAAUCAUUCGUCUUCCGUAAAGUCAACGACAAAACAGCGAAGAUCCAGAACCAAUUUCACUUUAGAACAACUCAAUGAAUUGGAGCGACUCUUUGACGAGACCCACUACCCGGAUGCCUUCAUGAGAGAGGAAUUAAGUCAACGACUAGGACUAAGUGAAGCUAGAGUACAGGUUUGGUUUCAGAACAGAAGGGCGAAAUGCAGAAAACAUGAAAAUCAAAUGCAAAAAGGUGUGAUGUUAAACAGCCACAGUCCGCCAUCUAGUACUCCACUAGAACCGUGCAGGGUGGUACCAUAUAUGAAUGUACCACCAGCUUUAAGAGGACUUUCCCUUGCACCAGGAUCAGUGGCGUUAUCGAAUUAUGACCGUCUUUCAACAACUCCAUUCUCUCAACAAGGAACCGCAUUUUCUGCUAUUAAUUCUGCAUUUAUAUCUGCAGCCCAUCAGUAUGCAGCGGCCGCAGUUGCUGUAGGGGGCAGUUCGGCGGCGGCGGCAGCAGCAAGUAUACUAUGUCACCCCCAAUACCCUUUGGAAUUUGCUGCGCUAGCAGUGGCUCACAAGAAUUCCAGUAUCGCCGACUUACGAUUGAAGGCAAAAAAACACACGGAGGCAUUGGGUCUCGCUUCGCGAGAAAAGCAGCAACAUUGA